AUGGGGACAAGGUUGAAAUUCAUUACCAUUUUUCAUCCCCAGUCCGAUGGGAAGUCUGAGAGGACCAUUAAGAUUCUGGAAGACAUGUUGAGAUGUUGUGCUUUGGACUUUUUGGAAUCUCCCUUGCACUGGGAUGAGGAUGGAGAAAAGAAGAUUUUAGGCCCCGAGGCUAUUAGGGAAGCCAGCGAGGCGAUUGACAAAAUUCGCCAAAGGAAAAUUACUGCUCAAAGUAGGCAAAAGAGCUACGCAGCUCUUAAGAGAAGAGACAUCGAGUUUUUUGUAGGCAAGGUUUUGUUCUGGAGAGUCUUACCAAUGAAAGGUGUUAUGCGUUUUGGGAAGAAAGGGGAGUUGAGCCUGAGAUUUAUAGGUCCAUUUGAGAUUUUGGACAGAGUUGGGCAAGUUGCAUACCGUUUAGCAUUGCCCCCGGUACUAGCCCAAACACAUAAUGUCUUUCAUAUCUCGAUGUUGCGUAAGUAUGUGUCGAAUCCCUCUCAUGUUUUGAUUUAUGAGUCAUUACAGUUGAAGCAUGACAUGAGUUACAAUGAGCAACCAAAGCGUAUCAUUGAAAAACAAAUAAAGGAACUGUGA